AUGAGCAUGUGCAGAUCUAGUAUAUGUACAGCCAUAAACUGCUUUAGAUGCGAUGCUCGCGCUAGUGUCAACACUGGCUAUACAUUCGGAGUCAUCAUCACUGGAUUCUUCCUUGACAACCGAGUGGCAGAUUGGCUCCGUAAAAGACAGGAUAUGACAAUCCAUUGUUUCGUGACUAUUAUCACUACAUUCAUUGAGACAUCAUCUCUUCGAGGACUGCUUGGAUGUUUUAUUGCCGGAUAUAUACUUAAUGGUCCUGGUCAGGGUGUUGCGUUCGUUGACUAA